AUGUCCCCUCGGAAGGGCAAAGGGAAGGACAAGGCGGCCAAGGGAGCGCUGCUGAGGCUGGGCAGCGAGGAGGCUGCGGAGAACAAGCGGCCGGUGCCCGGCGUGGAUGGCGGCGAUCCCGGGGCUGCUCCCCCGAAGCAGAAGGGCAAGGAGCCGGGCCCGCAGUCCCCAGGGAAGGCAAAGGCCACCAAGCACCCAAAAGCAGGGCAGGCCGGUGGCUUGGGCGUACGUGACAGUGUCCCAGUGGUCCCUGGUGAUGGAGCCGCGGCUCCUCCAGCAGAGGCGUGCCAGGAGAUGCCAGGGAAACCUCUCCAGCCCGGGAGCGCGGCAGCGUUUGGAGGGAAUGAUGCUGAGGGGGCUGGGAGGAAACCUGCAGCUGAGAUCCCUGCAAUUCCUGCAGCUGAGAUCCCUGCAGUUCCUGCAGCUGAGAUCCCUGCAAUUCCUGCAGCUGAGAUCCCUGCAAUUCCUGCAGCUGAGAUCCCAGGAAGUCUGCAGCUGAGAUUCCCAGGAAACCCUCAGAGAUCCCUGAGGUUCCUGCAGCUGGGAUCCCAUGGGAGCCUGCGGGUGAUUCCCAGGAAACCUGUAGCUGAAAUCCCUUGGGAGCCUGCAGUUGGCAUCCCCAGGAUUGCUGCAGCUGGGAUGCCCAGGAUCCCUACGGUGGGGAUCCCUUGGGAGCCUGCAACAGGGAUCCCCAGGAGUCCUGCAGUUGAGAUCCCCAGGAUCCCUGCAGCCGAGAUCCCCAGGAUUCCUGCCAUUGAGAUCCCAUGUGAGCCUGCAGCUGGGAUCCCCACGGUUCCUGCAGCUGGGAUCCCCAGGGGGACGAGCCCCCUGUGCUUUGCUGAUGGAGCCUCUGGCAAGCCCAGCUCUCUGGAUGUGACCUGGCCCGAGAUGUACGAAUACCUGUUCUGUGAUUCCCAGGAGGAGGAGGAGGAGCUGGGCAGCUCCGUGGAGGGGCGGAAAUCGCCCUUGCAAAGGGAAAUCUCCUGGCCUGAACUGUACGAGUAUUUUUUCAAUGAACCAGAAGGAAGCAGGAAAAAAGGCAAAGCUAAAGACAGGAAAAGAAAGAAGCCCAGAGGCUUGGACCGCCCUGGGCUGCAAAAGGAGGCUCCCAGCUCGGCUCCAGGCGAGGACACCGUGGUUAUCCCAGUCCCUGACGUGUAUGGACACUGCUUCCCAGAGAGAGCCCACAACAGGAUGGGCUGGAGAGGGAUUUUCUCAGUGGCUCCGGCCUCCGAGGUGAAGAAAGCUGUGGGGGCUUUGAGGUCCCUGCUGCAAAGGCAAAUCCAGCUGGGAGGAGGCCAAGCCCAAACAUCCCAGGCCCUGGUGCCCAGAAGAUGUGGGGAGAAGCUCGCCCUGGUCCCGCUGGGAGGAGCCCAGGUGUGGCCAGAGGAUGCAGACACGGCCCUGGCACUGAGAGGAGCAGCAGAGGACCCGCGGGUGCUGAGCCACAAGGACAUGUGCCUCGUCUUCUGCGCCUUCGCGUCCUGGGCGGUGAAGACAUCUGACCUGCAGGCUCCGGAUGCCUGGAAGACCAUGUUCCUGGCGAGUUUUGGCACCCUCUCGGCCAUCCGCUAUUUCCGAAGGCAGGUCAGGGAAGGGCACCCCCGGACUUAACCCCUGCCGCGCCGCAGCCGCUGCCCGAGGCCGCCGGGCAGGGGCCGGGACUUUGUUCUGGACGCUGGGACAAGGCUGGAGCCAGCAGCGAGAACUUCUCCGGCCCCAUCCCCGCCGGGCCAGGCAGCGGGAGCCUGCCGGGAACGGGAACUGACGGUAGGACAGCACAGGACAGCACAGGACAGGGAAUGGCCCCGCUCCCUCCGCCCUGCUGCGGGCACCUGCUGACGCUCGGAGGAAGCGGGGAAGAGCUUCAUCCCGACAAAAGAGCCGGGAUCUCUGAGAAGGAGGAAAAGACGGCUUUGGGAAGGGCUGGGCUGCGGGGGGAUGGAGGGGCCGCUCCCUCGGCACAGCCCGGAGCUCCCAGAGCCGGUUUGAUCCCAGAUCCAGCCCCAGCACGGCUCAUCCUCUUGCAUUGCGCUCCAACGAGUCCCAGCGCGGUGCAGCAGCGCGGGGAUAAGGUUUCUGUCGCACGUGGCAUGCAGGGUCUGUCCCUGGGGAUGUGUCCCGGGGGACAGGACGGGCAGGGGACAUGUCCUGGGGACAGGACGGACAGGGGACACAUCCCGGGGACAGGACGGACAGGGGACAUGUCCUGGGGGACAGGACGGACAGGGGACAUGUCCCGGGGACA